UCUUUGACAUUUCAGCUUGGCACAUUUCUGAGGGAAUUGUAUUUUCUACUUAUAUUGCCUUCACUUUGUAAACUGUGAAUUAAUUAACGUGUGGCAUUUAUUGACGAAUGUGUCUUUCCUGAUUUUACAGAAACUCUGAUGGACAGUCGCUGGGCUACCACAGAGCUGGCGUGGACGACAUUCCCAGAGAGUGGGUGGGAGGAAGUAAGCGGCUAUGAUGACUCCAUGAGUCCCAUCAGAACCUACCAGGUGUGUAAUGUCCGACAGCCCAACCAGAACAAUUGGCUCAGGACGGACUAUAUCCCCCGCAGGGGUGUUCUUCGCGUCUACGUGGAGCUCAAGUUCUCUGUGCGCGACUGCGCCAGCAUCCCCAACAUCCCCGGCUCCUGUAAAGAGACUUUUAAUCUGUUUUACUAUGAAUCUGAGGGGGACACGGCCACAGACACCAGCCCCCUGUGGAGGGAAAACCCUUAUGUGAAAGUGGAUACUAUAGCCCCCGAUGAGAGCUUCUCUCUACUGGAAGCUGGCAGGAUCAACACCAAAGUGCGCAGCUUCGGCCCCCUGUCCAAGUCUGGCUUCUUCUUGGCCUUCCAGGACCUCGGAGCGUGCAUGUCUCUCAUCUCGGUCCGGGUCUUCUUCAAAAAGUGCUCCACGACCAUCGCUAAUUUCGCAGUCUUCCCUGAGACGGCGACGGGCGCCGAAGCGACUUCGUUAGUCAUCGCUCCCGGGGCUUGCGUGACAAAUGCCAUGGAGAUGUCCGUCCCGCUGAAGCUCUACUGCAAUGGCGACGGAGAGUGGAUGGUUCCGGUGGGGGCUUGUACUUGCGUCGCCGGUUACGAGCCCUCCGCCGAUCACACCCAAUGCCAAGCUUGCAUCCCUGGGACUUUCAAAUCCAAAUUCGGGGACGGAUCCUGUGUUGCGUGCCCGUCCAACAGUCGCACCGGUGCCCGAGGAGCCAGUGUUUGUCCCUGCCAAAGUGGGUUCUACCGCGCUGAUAGUGACCCACCUGACACUGCCUGCACUACUAUCCCGUCAGCCCCCCGCAACGUAAUCUCCAGUGUGAACGAAACCUCGUUGUCCCUGGAAUGGGAGGAACCCGAAGACACCGGCGGAAGGAGCGACUUGGUAUAUAACGUGGUGUGCAAGAAAUGCCUGCGAGACCGCAGCCCGUGCACCCGCUGUGACGACAAUGUGGACAUCUCCCCUCGGAGGCUGGGGCUGAGGCAGAGGAAGGUGGUGGUGAGGAACCUGCAGGCUCACACCCGCUACAGCUUCGAGGUGCAGGCGGUCAACGGCGUCUCCGGGAAAAACCCCGCCACGCCGCGUUACUCGACGGUCAACAUCACCACCAACCAGGCUGCACCUUCCGCAGUGCCAACAGUCCAUCUGAUGCGCUCCACCGCAGACACCCUCAGUCUAUCAUGGCUGCCCCCGGAGAAGCCUAAUGGGGUCAUUCUGGACUACGAGAUUAAAUACCACGAAAGGGGCCAGGCUAUGUCGCACACUGUAACAUCCCAGCUCAGCUCAGCCAAGGUGGAGGGGCUGAGGGCCGCUACACCCUACGUGGUGCAGGUCAGAGCUCGGACCGUCGCUGGGUACGGUCGCUACAGCAACCCGAUGGACAUCAGCACCAGCCUGCACAGUGAUCCUCAGAAGUCUGUGCAAGACCAGCUGCCUCUAAUCAUAGGCUCCGCCUCCGCAGGCUUGGUGGUCAUUGUUGCCUUGGUGGUAAUUGCUAUUGUCUGCCUCAAAAAGCAGCGCAGUGGCUCUGAGCUGGAGUACACAGAGAAACUGCAGCAAUACAUUUCUCCAGGUGUGAAAGUGUACAUUGACCCUUUCACCUACGAGGACCCCAACGACGCCAUCCACGAGUUCGCCAAGGAAAUCGACAUCUCCUGCAUAAAGAUUGAAGAAGUCAUCGGUGCAGGUGAGUUCGGCGAGGUGUGUCGUGGGCGGCUCAAGCUGGCCGGCCGCAGGGAGAUGGUGGUGGCCAUCAAGACCCUGAAAGCCGGCUACACUGAACGCCAGAGGCGGGAUUUCCUGGCCGAGGCGUCCAUCAUGGGCCAGUUCGACCAUCCCAACGUCAUCCGCCUGGAGGGUGUGCUCACACGCAGCUGUCCAGUGCUCAUCAUCGCAGAGUUCAUGGAGAACGGCGCGCUCGAUUCCUUCCUGAGGCUGAACGACGGCCGCUUCACUGUGACUCAGUUGGUGGGGAUGCUGCGGGGCAUCGCCGCAGGAAUGAAGUAUCUGUCGGACAUGAAUUAUGUCCACAGGGACCUCGCUGCCCGUAAUAUCCUGGUCAACAGCAACCUGGUGUGCAAAGUCUCCGACUUUGGUCUUUCCCGCUUUCUGGACGACACUUCUGCCGACCCCACUUACACGAGCUCGCUGGGAGGGAAGAUUCCCAUCCGGUGGACGGCACCAGAGGCCAUCGCCUUCAGGAAGUUCACCUCUGCGAGCGAUGUGUGGAGUUAUGGCAUUGUUAUGUGGGAGGUGGUGUCGUAUGGAGAAAGGCCAUACUGGGACAUGAGCAACCAGGACGUAAUGACCGCAGUAGAGCAGGACUACCGGCUUCCCCCACCCAUGGACUGUCCUAUGGUGCUGCACCAGCUCAUGUUGGAAUGCUGGAUGAAGGAGCGCAACCUGCGGCCCAAAUUCUCACGGAUCGUCAACACGCUGGAUAAGCUGCUCCGCAACGCCGGCAGUCUCAAGGUUGUGACCAGCACAUACUCAGGGGACCUGCUGAGGCUCGGAGGGACCCUGCCGGGACACAACAGGAAAAGUCCGGACAGCAGCGAGGAAAUCGUGCGGCAGCAAAUGAGCCAAACUCUCCCCAUCAGAGUGUGAGCUGCCGCAAAAGCAACCCUCGAGGAGACGGGAGACCCGAGAUAAACUACCUAGAAAACUCUGACGUGAAGAGCCCUAUGUAAAAUAAAGAAGAGGGGAAAAAAAACGAGGGAAGCUCCCAUUGCAAAGGAAGGACCACUCGGAUUACGUUGUGCAAGCGCUUGGAGAUUUUGUGUCAAAAGAGAACGUUCCGUUGCGGUCUGUGUGUGUGUGUGUGUGUGUUCUUCAUUUGUGGUUUUGUGACUGUUGACAUCAAGCCAAACAUCUUAUGGGCCCUCUCAGGUUGUGUUUGCAUGUCUGCAUGUGUUUUCUGCUGGUUGGGAGCCAGUGGGGCUUCUCUCCUCACAAAACUACAACGGGGGUCUGGCAAAGGAUCCGAGAGUGCCAAGUCUUCAAGACAGCUGUGGUAGAUGUCUUUUUGGAAACCAGUGGAUCAUUCUUUCCAUUUACAAUUGGCAUUGAAAAAGCGUCCACAAGGCUGAACUUGAUUUUAAUACCCUUUGAACUUAAUGAAAACAUUUGUCUCUAUGUUGAAAGUUAAUUGCUGGAAACGUGGGCAACGACCGAGGACUUUGUAGGACUGCAUCGUAGAGAUACCGCGUUAAACAGUUCUUCACCAUUUCAGUCUUCCUGAUUUUGGGGGCGUGUCUAAAAUGGUGCCCAGGUGUGCACAUGGGCUUCUAGCAUUGUGCCCCCUUCCCCACUAUCUAAAAACUGGAGCACCUUCGUUCGCAUCGGCGGCUAUCCGAUGAAAUUGCAACGUAGAGUUACAUCUUCAAAAUACAUCGUCCCUCUGCAUAGUCCAGAGGCAUGGCCGCAAUAGAGUGCCUCGUUGUUAUCUGGGAGUGCGCGCCGGUCACGGAGAGAAGGUGGAAAAAAAAUUUGUGACAGUUGGCAAAUGCACAGUGUUUUCUUUGUCGUGGUGUUGAGAAGGCCGACAACUGCAAGUACAAAUAUCUCUUAGCACUGCAGCAUGCAGUGAGCUAGCUAUUCUAAGCUAUGCUAAAAUGGAUCUUUCCUGAUCAAGACACUGACAGAUGGGUCCAUGUGGUUAAAAUUAAGAUUUAAAUUCCCAAGGUAAGAUGUGGGAAGAAAAACUGAUAUGCCGUUUUUUAAAUUUUUUUAAUUUUUUUUUUUUAAUGUAACCAACUGUUUUCUCUCUUCCUUUACUUUUUUUUUUGAAGGAUAAAACUUACAGGUAAAUCCACUUCCUGGUGUAUAUCGUCUUCCGCACACGUACUGGGAGAAUUCCAUGUUUGAACUGUGUACAAAGCAUCCAAGUCUUCAGGCGGUCUGUCCUCACAGGGGGGGGGGGGCUGCAAAUGACACUGUGCUGGACACGUCCAUCACGUGCAUGCCAAAGUGGAACCUUCCACAUUGUAUGUUGCUUUGGUGGCAUUUGCUAUGGACUUUAACGUCCGUGUUUUUCUUAUUCGAAACAUAUGCGCGUUAUUUUGAAUGCUAAUUUAUGACUGAUGAGCUGUAGUUGUGCUUUUUUUUUUUACCAGGGGCUCAAAAUUUUGUUACAAUGCUUCUGUGCGAGUGUGCGUGCGUGUGUGUGCAUGCGUGUGUUCCGUUUUUGUUUUUUUUCUUCCAGUGAUCAGACCAGAAUGAAUGAAUUCAGAGAAAACCAUUGAAAGGACAACAUGGAGACAUUUCUGCUAUUCAACUUUUGUUUUUGUUUUUGUUUUGCAUCGCAAAGAACGACACGUGUGACUUGUACAUCGCCCUGUGGCAAACGUGUCACGGAUUGAGUUAAAAAGAUGAAAGCGUUCUGACCUUAAUGUUGAACUGACCUAACUAACGUGGAUUGAAAACCUCUUGUUCAUCGGUCCGUUUUUCCUCACCCUCGUCCGGUGCAGUUUCUAUUUAAACAAACGACUGCCUGUAUAUACGUACAGUUACUCUUUAGCUCAAUCAGCAUUUCAAGCUUUCCGACUUGACUUUGGCCUCUGCGUGACCUUUGUUUACAUGCUUGUUUGUUUGUUGUUGAGGAACAAACAAUGGCAAAAGGUAAAAGUGUAACGGUCAUUACCUAUCUGAAACUAUAUGUCACAAAGAAAGAAGAAGAAAAUGUGCGUCUGUAAGGGCAGACUUUUUCCUGUGCAAUUCAAGGUGUGUUAGAUAUACAGUAUUACACAAAAAAAUGACAGAAAACUAGAAGAAAAGUACCCAUUUCU